AAUGUCAAUUUAAUUGUUAGCAUGUCCUUCUAUGUUUGUAAGCUUGUUCAACUACAUGAUUGCUAUGGAGAAAACAGGUAGUUCUAGCUUGAAGACAGUGACAAACAUUUCUAUGCUUCGUCUUCUCAAGUUCUUGCUUCUUCAGUAGCACCACGGCACACACAAGCAAUAAUAUGUACUUAGAGUGCGCUACAAAUUGUGAAUUACUCUGCAUCAACGUUUGACUGAAUGAACUUAACCACAAUUGUUCAGAACAAAAUGGACUGCUGCCCUUCACGUAUAUUAUGAACCAACCUUUGCUUUCUUGGGGUGAUCAAGACAUGUAAUCACGCGCGUUUUUACUCCACCAGGCCUAAAUUUAGCAUUGAGGUUACCAUUGUAAAAUAUUUUUGCUAACGCGUCAGUGUGAAUAUUAUCAUAUACAUACCACUACGUGUUAACUUAGGUUCUUUGAAUAGGCCAUUGUUUUGCUUUCCGGCAAAAAGAUGCAGAGUCGGAUGUGGAUCAGAUCAUAUGAGAUGCAAGUCUGUGUGAUGCUGGUUAUUGACUUACUGAUGUCAUCAUCACUGUCUGCUAGUUUAGUGAAAAUUGGGUGUACAUCCACCUCUCAUUAUUUGUUAAUGAAAUACUACUGGUAUUAGAUGGGUUUUCAUGUCACACCAGAGGAGCGCGAAUGACAAAUUGCCGUUGACAGCUCUCUAGUCACAACAGUAUCAGUGCAACUGCAGUGACCAGACAUGGCUGCAUGUGCUAGACUUUUGUUGCUUGCAAUAGUUUUUCAUCUCUGGUGGUCUGAAGCAUUCAUGCCAAAUUCUGUAUUUUUGUUUCGACCUCCAGGAUCUGCUGUCACUGAAGAACCUGGCUUAGAUCCUACAGAUUCAUUUGACAAGUUUGAUUCAGCACAGUGUGGAUCUCCUCUUAGGGAUGGAUCAUGGAGUCACCAGGAUAUUGUUCGACGGGCCUGCCUCAAUGUUGUAGCAAAGUUUUAUGAAGAAACAAUGCCUAUACUAACUACAGGAAGUGUACAAUCACUCCUCCAUCUCACCCCUACAACACUGAUGAGAUCUGUGUUUGGACCUCAAGCAUCUAGUGCCAAGUUUGAGCAAGCAAUUAAAGAUUUGGAAAGAGCAGCAUCUAGAAUGGAUCUGUUCUAUGAAGUGAAUGCCACAUUGGAUCAGGCUGCCAACAUAGCAAGAGUACACUUUGAUGAUGAAGAGUUUGAAUUGGGUCAUAAACAUCUACUGCAACUUCGACGUCAAAUGUUCAGUGCUCUCCAACAAGGAUCAGAGUCUGCCGCAAGAGACUUGGCUGGUCGAUUUAUGUUGACUCUCCAAGACUUUUAUGCUCACUCAAAUUAUGUAGAACUAGGACAUGAUGAACCUUUAGUAGAGCUAGGAAUGCCUGGAUCUGCAAACUUUUUGGAAACAGUAGCAGGAAAGAGUGAAGCAACAUGUGAUGAUUGUAGGACUGCUACUGAUACUUUAGCGUGUUCCAAUUCUUGCAAUCAAAACACUGCAAGGUACAAUCGUUUGACUAGUGGCUAUCUGUUUUAUCCAACGGAGAGAGUGGGACCUGGCUACAGAGAAAAACCCAGUGGCAAAUGCAGUCAUGGUGACCCAGUUGAUCAGUCAAAGACACGUUCAGCAACUGGAGGCAUCAAUAAGAGUACAAAAAACUGUAUUAAAUCUCCUCAUUAUGAGCUACAUGAUAAAGCAGCCCAGCUUGCAAUCAAGGCAACAGAAAAUUUUCUUAUGUCAAUUCGUGUUGUUGUUGGUGAUGACAAAUUUCUCCAAUUUUUCUCUCUUGGCACAACUGUGCAAGGGUCUUCUCUGUGUUUUGUUGUUGACCAGUCUGGGAGCAUGAAAGAUGACAUUGAUGCUGCACGUAAUCGAGCAAAGCAGAUUGUUCAGAGCAGCAGCAAACCAUACAACUACGUUCUUGUCCAAUUCAAUGAUGAUGAUCAGACUCCAGCAUUUGGACCUCCCAUCGUGACUCAAGAAUCAGAUGAGUUUUUGCGUCAUUUGGACAAUCUACGUGCUAAUGGUGGUGGUGACUGUCCUGAGCUAGCAAUGAGUGGACUACAACUGGCUCUAAUCAACUGUCUUCCAGGCUCUCCAAUCUAUGUGUUUACCGAUGCUGGUCCUAAAGAUUCUGAUUUAAAGGCUACUAUAUUCAGUUUGAUUGAUACUCGCAAGAGUCAAGUGAACUUUUUCUAUACUGGCUCCUCCCCUCCAUGUGGUGAUGCGCCAGAUCUUUUCUCUGCUAUUGCAUCUCGUUCUGGUGGACAAUUCUUAAGUAUUACAAAAGGUGCUGUUGCUGAAGUAACAACCAUAACACAAUCAUCAACUGAUGAGUCUCAGGUAGUACUCUUGACAGCAUCAAGCAAUGAAACCAGCAAGACCUACAACAUUUUGGUCGAUUGCACAGUGACUGGGCUAGUCAUUUCUCUCAGUGGAGCUAAUCCUCAAGCAGAAGUGACAGGUCCAAAUGGUGUUGUUACUGGUGAGAGAGUUUCCUUGCCAAAUGUUCUAGUCAUUACUGUCACAUCUCCAGCAGCAGGAAAUUGGAUGGUCAAGACAUCAUUUAGUAGUGGUGAUCACUCUGUUAAUGUCAAGGCAUCUAGCACUAUUGAUUUCUCACACGAAUUUGUGACCAUUGAUGGACGUCCAGGACACUGUGGUGCUUUUCCACUCAGUGGUCUUCCUAUAGCAGGUACUCUGAGCAAGAUAAUAUAUUCUGUUCGUGGGUUGGAAGACAUUGUCUCUGUGGAUGGAGUUGAUUUAAUUGACACUGAAGGGGACAUAAUUAACAGAAUCGACCUUGAGAAAGGUCCAGUUCACGCCACACAUUUAUAUGGUGCUGCCUUCAUUCCACCCAGCCGAGAGUUUCGUUUUCGUUUACAUGGUUAUGAUAAAUGUGGCAGUCGUUUUACUCGAGUUUCAACGACAACAGUGAAAGCUCAGACAGUUGCAUUCAGUCCUAAGGGUAACAUUGAAAGUGUAGUCAGUCCUGGUAAAUUCACUAAUGCAACCUUUGAGUUGCAUAACAGUGGAGAGACAAAUGACUUUGAUAUAGAAGUUCGUGAUGAUCUUGGUACUUUAGAAAGUCUUGAUGUAGAAAUUUUAGAUGUUGGUGUUGAUGAUUUGCUUGGAGUCAGACGUCGUCGUGGCAGUUCUCGAUUGGUGAAAACAGUUACAUUGAAACGAAACCAGGCAGCUAAAGUGACUGUGACAUUUGGACCUCCGAAAGAAGCAAAAAUUGGCAGUGUGAACACAGCUACUGUUACUGCUUCAUCUCAAGACGGAAAAACAUUUAACUAUGCUGUCUUGCAAGUUGCUGUUGUUCCAGAAUUGGAUGAUGAAACACCACCAAUAUGCAGCAUACUGUUAAACACAGCUUGUGAUGAUGUGGAAGUUCACUACUGCAAUGAGAGUACAUGGGCGGUGACAGCAAGAGUUCAGGACACUGGUGUUGGGCUGCAGAAUGUAAGGAGUCGUCAAAAAGACGUACAGGUUUCUCAUGCAGCAUUUGAGAGUGCAACUACUUCUAGUGUGGAUGUAGUUGCAAUGUCAUCUUGCUGUCAGCUAUCAAUAGAUAUUGAGGCAGUCGAUGUAGUUGGUAAUCUUGAGACUUGUGGAGUUGCUAUACCACCGGGAAUAGAAGACAGCGACUGUAGAUAGUGUGCUUGAAUAUUGUUGUACUUACAAUGUUUGUUUCGUUUAGCUCUAGAGGCUCUAGUGUUGGGGGUUGAUAGCUAGGGAGAUGUGUAGCUCGUAUUGCUGUUGUCAAUAGAGCAACAUUGUUUCAUUCA